GCAUAACAUAGCCUACAUGUGUACUGGUACUGGUUGUUAUUCAGGCGAACAAUUCUUCAGUUGAUAAAAAAAAAAAAAAACUUCCAGUCUACGAUUGUGUAUGGGUUAAAAUCUUAGUAUUAGUGUACAAGGUAGAUUCCAAUGAGCUGAUGUGUUGUCAUCGGGAUACAGUAAUUCGCAUAAAGCGAGGGUAGUCCCACGCUCGCUGCUGCCUGUGUGUCCUCUUUCUGGCCCCCUCCCCAUCUUACUCUGGUGACACGGUGACAUCAGGAUUAUUUGUUAUAGUCAAGACAUUUUAUUGUGGACAACAACCGGAGAUUUACAGAUAUAUCAGGAUUCGUACUCUACUGAUUUUAUACUCUACAGCAUAGCAGAACAAGCAGUGAAGGGAAACCGCCUGCCGUGCCCCUGGAGUUUGGCCUGCUGUCCGGCGUUUUUAAUGCGUCUCCCUGUGUCAGACUGUCUCUCCACAAUGAACAGUGAGCAAGACUCCGGGGAGGGCAGCAUGAACGUGACCCUCACACUACGGCUGCUCAUGCAUGGAAAGGAAGUUGGCAGUAUUAUAGGAAAGAAAGGAGAGACGGUGAAAAGAAUACGAGAAGAGAGCAGCGCACGUGUGAACAUCUCAGAGGGAAGCUGUCCUGAGAGGAUCGUCACCAUCACUGGUCCCACGGAGUGCGUCCUCAGAGCCUUCGCCAUGAUCACGCUAAAGCUGGAGGAGGACCUCACGUCGCUAGUAAACAGUGGCACGGUGGCCAGCAGACCUCCAGUCACUCUCCGAUUGGUCAUUCCCACAAGCCAGUGUGGCUCGCUCAUUGGCAAAGGCGGUUCAAAGAUCAAGGAGAUAAGAGAGAGCACCGGGGCCCAAAUACAGGUUGCAGGUGACUUGCUGCCCAACUCAACAGAACGCGGAGUGACGGUAUCUGGAACCCAAGAUGCCGUCAUCCAGUGCGUCAGACUGAUCUGCACAGUCAUUCUUGAGUCACCACCGAAGGGUGCUACCAUUCCGUACUGGCCGGGCCCGACCCCAGGAGCCGUGCUCCUUGCCAGGAAUCAGGCUUCCGAGUUUGGAUCGCAUCCACUGUAUUCUCUGACCCAAGGUGCAGUCGACUUACAGCAAGCCUAUACUGUGCAGAACCAAUAUGGCAUUCCACACUCUGAGCUGGCCAAACUGCACCAGCUAUCCAUGCACCAAAACCUCGGGGCAGUGGGGCUGCCUGGCACUCCUGCUCUAACUGGAAUUGAGUCCAACUGCCAGACCUCAUCCCAAGAGCUACUCAUUCCCAAUGAUCUGAUUGGCUCAGUCAUUGGCCGACAGGGUACCAAGAUCAAUGAGAUCCGCCAAGCUUCAGGGGCCCAGAUAAAGAUUGGGAGUCAGCUGGACAGCACCAGUGACCGACAUGUCACCAUUACUGGCUCCACAGUCAGCAUAAACCUGGCACAGUAUCUCAUCACCUCCUGUUUAGAGACUGCAAAGUCCACCGCCCAGUCCUCUGUGGCCACCCCCGCUGACCUUAACCUGAGCUUCGCCCAGCAGUCGCCCCCCGCCUCGUCUCCUGUCACGGCUCUGGCAGCAAUAGGCACUCUGCCCCACGCCCCAGUCUUAGGAACCCCUUAUACACUCCCAUUGUCCAGCCUCCUGGGAGUGAAGCCAGUCCCCCUUCUGGCGCUGACUGCCCCACCUGCCCCUGUUCCUGCCCACGGCACGCUGGCCUCUUUCACCACUAAAAUUUCCUCUGCCAAUGGGAUCAAGAAACCUGAGAGACAGAAGUUUGCGCCCUACUGAUGGCAGCUUACGCUGAUGUCCCAUCAUGCCUCCCAGCUCUUCCAAAACAUCCAGGGACGAGAAGGUCAGCUUCUGUGUGCAGCGGUCUUGCUUCAUAUAGCCAGGUAGAACAGAGGGUGACUUUUGUUGAAGUAGCUUUGGUCUGUCUUUAACCACAGAGGAUAACCUAGAAGCAGGCUGACACAUUUACGCAGUCUCGACAUCUUCGUGUUUCGUCAGCAGCCCGUCCAUUGAUCCUCUGCUCCUCUAUGUUGGUAACAAAGACGUUUUUUUCCUGUGAUGAAUUUGUAAAUGACAAAAUGGCAGCUGGUGCUCAGUGGAAUUUCAUGUAAAACUUUUUUUAAAUGAUGGAAUGUUCUUGCCCUAUAGUGUUUAAGGUUUCUCCCUUGCAUUCGUUUGAAAUGUGUGUUUAAUUUAUUUAAUUUAUUUUUUAUUUUUCUUUUAUAAUAAUAAUAAUGAGUGACUGAACGGAUGUGCACUCUCAUCUGACUGUCAGUUUUAGCCAUUUUUCCAUGGAACAUGGUUCCCAGCCCAUCGGGUAUUUAAUUGUGAGCUUCAUUUUGAAAGUGAGUGUGUUUCCUGUUGAUAGGUUUUGCCCACUUUUGUAACACACGCCGUGUUGAAGCCUCCUGAUUCAGCAGCAGCAGUAAAUAGUGUAUUUUAAAUGGCAUGUGUUCAGAGGCACUGUUGCUUCUCAGUAAUCAACUCCUGGCAUCAUAAUUCGGUUUUCUGGUGGAUGCCUUUCUGUGAAACCAGAGGGUGUGGCCACAUUGUUGUCAUAUUUAAGAAUUCAACAUUGAAUCCAACUGGACAGGUCUUGGUAAAAUGAAUUUGCUUUUCAGUUAUAACCGUAGAUUUUUUUUUUAUAUUUGCAUGAGUAUGACUUUGUGUAAUGUCUAUGCAAAAAUGUUUCUGAAUGGCUCCUUGUAAUACUUCGAAUUCUCCAACAGUGGUAGCUUUCCAGGCUAAGAAGAAAGGGCUAUUCAGAGCAGUAUUACAGGUGGGUUACAGUCAUAAGCUCUCCCUCUGCUGCCCCCUGCUGUAUAAACUAAAAUAUGCUUAAAAUUUAAAUAGGUACUUUUCACGAAAAGACCUGUACUGACACGGAAAUACAAAAGUUUAGCAUAAUGAAUGAAAAAAUAUAAUAAAGGCAAAAUUUGAUAUCACAAACAAACAGUUAAUAUGCUAUAGUUCUAGUGAAAUUAUUAUUUUUUUCAUUAUAGAUGUGUGUCAAGUAUGUGAAAUAUACUAUUGUGUCUAUUAUUUAUGCUCUCCAUUUUAUUUGCUAUCAUGGCAUGGAAAAUAACACUGUAUUAACCAGCUUUAGGUGCUUGACUAUUCUAGAUCAUUCUACACACAUCACCGCACUUCACUGAAGAGCUUCAAAAACAGCAAAACCGUACUGAAUGCUAAAUUCAACUUGAUGACAAAGUCAUAUUCUAUUGGGUGGCACAUCUGAGAGUGUUACUUGUCUCAGUAAAGAUACUGACGGCAUUCUCCAUUCCUAAUUACCACCACACCCUGUCUGUACCUCCUCUGUUAUGUUUUUACACACAUACAGACCAAAUAUCUCAGUAUGAAGCUGUUCUUGUUAAUGGAUGGAAUACAGGAAAUAAACACUGCCUCAGUCAACCAGCUCAAAAAAAACAUACACUUUCAUCGAUUAACUUGUGAUCUGAUUCCUAUGACUGAGACCUUUGUGGUAAUAACCUCUGUGGUAUAUUGUCCCUGGAGAAGAUAUUUUAAAAACUGGGAUUUAGAUGUUGUAGUAACAAAGUAAAAAAAAAAUGUAAAAAAUACAUACACAAGCACACAC